UCUAGUUACCUAUCUAUGAUGCUGUCUGGCCAAUGCCUCGAUACGUGCAUGCCGCUCGCCGCACGUCGAACCGAAGCUCUUUCCUGUUGUUCCAGUUGUGAAGGGGAUUCGCAAUGGGCGCAUACAAGUAUAUGCAAGAACUCUAUCGUAAAAAGCAGAGCGAUAUGCUCCGCUUUUUACUGCGAGUUCGAUGCUGGCAGUACCGUCAGUUGACUAAAAUGCAUCGUGCCCCGAGGCCAUCCAGACCCGACAAAGCUCGCCGUUUAGGCUACAAAGCCAAGCAAGGUUUCGUCAUAUUUAGAAUUCGUGUAAGGAGAGGAGGACGUAAACGUCCUGUACCCAAGGGAGCAACAUAUGGCAAACCCAAAAGCCAUGGUGUAAAUCAACUGAAACCGACCCGGAAAUUACAGUCCGUCGCAGAAGAACGCGUAGGCCGACGUUGCGGAGGUCUACGAGUGUUGAACAGCUACUGGGUUGCUCAAGAUUCUACGUAUAUGUACUAUGAAGUGAUUCUGGUUGAUCCUGCACACAAGGAAAUUCGUAAUGAUCCAAAGAUCAAUUGGAUAUGCGAUGCUGUUCACAAACACCGUGAACUUCGCGGAAAGACCUCAGCUGGCAGAAGCUCACGAGGAUUGGGCAAGGGACACCGUUAUUCACAAACUAUUGGUGGUUCGCGUAAAGCGGCAUGGUUGAGACGGAACUCGUUAUCGCUACGCAGAAAGCGAUAGACAAUUUGAUAUUUACAUUGUUAAGACUUCUGCGAACAAGAUACAUCAUUUUAUUGAUAUAAUACAGAAUUUUAUGUCGAUAUUAUGUUAUAUCCUGUACGAAAUAAACAUCUCUUCCGUACGAAUCACCUUUA